UCUCUCCCUGCCUCGCUCCUCUCCUCCUCCACACGCACAAAACGCUCUGUCAUGGCGUCUUCCAACCAUGUUACCCCCACCAACUGUAGCUGGUGGCCCAUCUCAGCCAUGGACGAGGACGGUAAAAUCACAGACGGGGAGGAGAGCGAGGAACCGACGGCAGAGCCCAAACCCUUCAGUAAAGACAGGCUGGUUCUUUACCACUGGACGCAGUCGUUCGCCUCCCAGAAGGUUCGUCUCGUCAUCGGUGAGAAGGGCCUGAUCUGCGAGGAGAGGGACGUGAGCUUGCCGCUGCAGGAGCACAAGGAGCCGUGGUUCAUGAGGCUGAACCUGGGCGAGGAGGUGCCCGUCUUCCUCCACGGCGACACCAUCAUCAGCGACUACAACCAGAUCAUAGAUUACCUGGAGAAAAACUUUGUGGGAGACGCAGUGGCUCCGCUGAUUCCUGAGGCUGAAUCGCCCCUCCACGAUCGCGUGCAGCAGUACCGUCAGCUUCUGGAUGGACUGCCCAUGGACGCUUACACGCACGGCUGCAUCCUCCAUCCAGAGCUCACCAUCGACUCUAUGAUCCCAAAGUACGCCACCGCAGAAAUACGGAGACACUUGGCCAACGCUGCGACGGAGCUGAUGAAGUUGGACCACGAGGAGCCUCAGCUGACAGAACCGUACCUGUCCAAGCAGAAAAAGCUCAUG